AUGUGGAGUAUUCAGUUGUUCUACGCAUUUCUAAAACUCUUGCGAGUUGUUUUUUAUGGCUUGGGUUUUCUCAGGCUACAAUUCGAUGGAUCCAAGGAGCGUUAUGAACCCAAACUUCUGUUGCUUUUCGUGUGUUGCCUCAAACAUUUUUAUUUCGAUUGGCCUUUAAAUGAUUUCUACAAUAUUUGUGACUAUUUAAUGAGUGCAGUGCGUCUUCUCUUUGUUUUGUUGUUGUCACUGCAAUUCUUCUACCAUUUGUUGCAUGCCUCAGUGUUGCAAUCACUGAACUUGCUGCUGCAACAACAAAAGAAUCUCAAAUUGUGGCAUCAACUAUUACGGUUGCAACCUUUGCUACUGAAAUUGCAACAUUUUGUUGCAUGUUACUUUGGUGUGUCCUUCUGUGGCUACUUCGCACUGUUGUGCCUCCGUUGUGGCAUGUAUCUGAGUGUCUUUUCCUAUGAUGAACUACGCUUUAUGCCACAGCAGAGCAAUCAAAGUGAAAUGGAUCCCUUGGAAAUGCCAAUGCCACCAACACGUGGCGACUUAUUAAGAAGCGAGUCCUUGUACCUGGCGUGGCAAGUGGCACUGAUGUGGCUGCUCCUCUGUGUGGCACUUGUGCACCAAAGAGAGCGCAAUAAACUAUUGAUUGGCAUCUGGCAGCUGCAUUUUCCCACUCAACUAGCGGCAAGUGGACUAAGUGAAAGCUCCUUGGUCACCAAGGACAUUCUCAGUUUUCUGCUCACCACCAGAGUGUCUAUAGUCAAUUUAAUUCCUGGUUCCCUCAACUUUAUCGCCUGGAAGUUAAAGUGCGAAGUCUCAGGAAUUAAACUCGUUGGCUUUGCGAGAAGCUUCAAGUUGCUGCUUCAAAUGGUGCUAGGUUGCACCAUCGUGUACUACAUGCAACAAGGAGAUCUGUUGCAACAACAACAGUGCCUCGAAGCUGACUGUGUACACAUUUAA